AUGGCGAACGAGUCGACUCCCUUGAGAGUGACAUCGUACCUGGUUUGCAUCGUACUCAUCGCGACACUGGGUCCAUUUCAAUUUGGUUACCACUUAGCCGAACUGAAUGCACCCCAGGAAGUGAUCACUUGUGAAAAGAAGAGCAUUGGAGCCAAUGCUGUUUCCUAUGGUCUUCCGCAAUGUAUCCACAUGGAUUCAUCCCAGUUCGGCCUGAUCUCAUCGAUAUACACACUGGGUGGAUUUAUUGGGGCUUUGCUGGCAGGACCUGUCUCGACCAAGUAUGGACGUCGCAUCACACUUCAAGCAACAACGGUCUUCUUCAUCCUGGGACCUCUGGCUGAGGCUUUAGCACCCACCAUCCCCCUACUUGCUCUUGGUCGAUUCUUAUCCGGGAUCGGCUGUGGCGCUGCCCUCGUGGUGAGCCCUAUCUACGUCUCUGAGGUUGCUCCUCCCGAGUCCCGUGGGCUGUUUGGGGUAUUCACGCAAGUGAUGAUCAAUGUUGGAAUCCUCUCGUCACAAGUUCUCGGCUAUUUCUGGAGCCAUGAUAGCAUGUGGCGAUUGAUACUCGCGGCGGCGGGUACCGUGGGAGUGUUAGAACUCGUGGGUCUGUUCUUGGUGCCUGAGAGCCCAGCUUGGCUGGCAGAGAACCACCAGAUAAGUCAGGCGCGGCGUGUCUUGCAACGCAUCCGAGGCUCGAAUGCGGACAUAGAGGCUGAAAUAGCGGCUUUGGGGGAGUCCAGCGCUGUCCCGACGUCCGGCGAAGAAGAGUCACUCCUUCCUCCACCUUCAGACAAUCAAGCUCCAAAGCGGACGGGAAUCACAAUGCUUCGGGCCAUACAAGAUCCAUACUAUCGACCCGCCAUCUUUGCGGUCGUCAUUUCCAUGCUUGCCCAGCAAUUGACCGGGAUCAAUAGUCUUGUGAUGUACAGUGUGUCCAUCUUACAGACCGUUCUGCCCACUGGGGCCGCACUACUUACCAUCAUCACCUCCGUGAUCAAUCUCAUAGCAACGCUGGCAUGCAUGCCUUUGCCCGAUCGCAUUGGCCGUAAGACAUGCCUGCUGCUCAGUAUCAGCAGCCUAGGUUGCUGUUCAACCCUCUUGGCCCUUGGGUUUGCCUUUCAGCAGAAGAUUGUCUCGGCGGUUGCAUGCUUGCUCUUUGUGACAUGUUUUGCGGUGGGACUAGGACCGGUUCCCUUUAUACUGUCGUCUGAGCUGGUCGGGCCGGAGGCAGUUGGUGCGACUCAAAGCUGGGGAUUAUCAGUCAAUUGGAUGGCUACAUUUGUUGUCGCACAAUUUUUCCCCAUUGUCAAUGAUGCGCUGGGUGGUCAGGGCAGGGUGUACUGGAUCUUUGCGGCGAUGGCGGGAGUCUUGGGGGUGCUUCUUUACCGAAUCCUUCCAGAGACCCGGGGCAAAGCCAACGCAGAUGAGGUUUGGGGCCGAGUGGCACGACGGGAUGAUUAG